AUGGCCCGCUCCCGCUCCCGCUCUCGCUCGCGUUCACGCUCUCCCGCCGAACCCCCCAAGCCCGUCAUCAUCGUGGGCCACGGCCUCGCGGGCCUCGUCGCGGCAUACGAGCUGUCGCGGCACCACAUCCCGACGCUGAUCCUGGACCAGGAGAACGCGCACAACGUGGGCGGGCAGGCGUUCUGGUCGCUGGGGGGCAUCUUCUGCGUCGACUCUGCGCAGCAGCGGCGGCUGGGGAUCAAGGACUCGCGGGAGCUGGCGAUGCGGGACUGGUUCGGCAGCGCCGGGUUCGACCGGGAGAAGGAGGACGUGUGGCCGCGGCGGUGGGCCGAGGCGUUUGUGAAUUUCGCGACGGACGAGAUGGAAGACUACCUCAAGGGCCUGGGGCUGGGGUUCCUCUUCAACGUGGGCUGGGCGGAGCGCGGGGACGGCCGGGCGGACGGGCACGGCAACUCGGUGCCCCGGUUCCACGUCACCUGGGGCACGGGGCCCGAGGUGGUGCGCGUGUUCGAGGAGCCGGUGCGCAAGGCCGAGGCCAAAGGCACGGUCGAGUUCCGGGGAAGGCACAUGGUGACCGAGAUCGUGACGGACCCGGAGACGGGGCGGGCGGUGGGCGUCCGGGGCAAGGUGCUCGAGGCAGACGACUCGCCACGCGGGGUGAAAUCGUCGCGGGUCGAGGUUGGCGACUUUGAGAUCCUCGGGGCCGCGGUGCUCGUCUCGUCGGGCGGCAUCGGGGGCAACGUCGAGGCCGUCAAGGCCAGCUGGCCCGUCGACCGGCUCGGCCCCAAGGUGCCCGAGCACUUUGUCGUGGGCGUCCCCGCGCACGUCGACGGCAAGAUGAUUGGCAUCGCCGAGUCGUCGGGGGCCAGCGUCAUCAACCGCGACCGCAUGUGGCACUACACCGAGGGCGUCGCCAACUGGAACGCCAUCUGGCCUAGCCACGGCAUCCGCGUGCUGCCGGCGCCGUCGUCGCUGUGGCUCGACGCCACCGGCAAGCGCCUCCCGCCGCCCUUCUUCCCGGGGGCCGACACCCUCGGCACCCUCAAGCACAUCUGCAGCACGGGCUACGACUACACCUGGUUCGUCCUCGACCAGACCAUCAUCGCCCGCGAGUUUGCCCUGUCCGGGUCCGAGCAGAACCCCGACGUCACCGGCAAGAGCAUCUGGCAGCUGCUCACGUCGCGCGUCUUUGGCAAAAAGGGCCCCGUCCCCGUCCAGAACUUCCAGAAGCACGGCGAGGACUUUGUCGUCCGCGACACCCUCGAGGAGCUGGUCGAGGGCAUGAACAAGCUGGCCCGCGAGCGCAACGGGCCGGUGCUGGAGCUGGAGCAGGUGCGCGAGGUCGUCGAGACGCGCGACGGGCAGAUGACGAACCCGUACUCCAAGGACUACCAGGCCAUGCUCAUCAACAACGGCCGCACCUACUGGCCCGACAAGCGCAGCCGCGUCGCGCCGCCGCACAAGCUGCUCGACACAAAGACCCACGGGCCCUUGAUCGCAGUCCGCAUGAACCUCCUCACCCGCAAGACCCUCGGCGGCAUCGAGACCGACCUAAACAGCAACGUCAUGCGCGCCGACGGGUCCAGGUUCCCGGGCCUGUACGCGGCGGGCGAGGCGGCCGGCUUUGGCGGUGGUGGUGUGCACGGGUACAACUCGCUCGAGGGCACGUUCCUGGGCGGGUGCAUCUUUUCCGGGCGGGCGGCGGGCAGGGCCAUGGCCGAAGAAGUCAGGCCGGAAUCGCAGAGCACAAAGGUCAGCGAGCAGUCGAGACUGUAA